AUGAAUCCAAAUUUUGGUGAUUUGUCAGCAUGGAAUUUGAGUGAUAACAGCAAUCCUGUGUCAAACACUAACUCAUAUUAUCCAGGAGGGUCAGGUUUCCCAGGUGGUGGACCAGGAUAUCCAGGAGGCGGACCAGGAUAUCCAGGAGGUGGACCAGGAUAUCCAGGAGGAGGACCAUGCUAUCCUGGAGGUGGGCCAGGGUUUCCAGGAGGAGGAGGAGGAUUUCCACCAGCAUCAUGCCAAGGACCACCACAAGGUUAUCCCGGUCCAGACCCUGCAGGCUUCCCUCCUUCUGGUCCUAUGGGAUUUGGUAAUGGACCGCAAUAUGGAUAUGGUCAAAGUGGUGCAGGCUAUCCAGCUCAAGGAUAUCCGCAAGCGGACUCAAACUAUGGAGGCGGCGCACGCCAGUAUAUUCCAGGUGCACCUAAUUGCCCAUCACAACCAUCCUGCGGAACAAUGGACUCAUUCAGUUAUAAUGAUUGCGACUAUGGAAGAAAUACAGACAUAAAUCCAUACUCCGAGCCAAAUAACUCUUGUCAGUCCAAUUCGUAUAAAGACAUAUUUGAACCAACAGUCACAGAUGCAGCCAACUUUGAUGCUGAAACAGACUGUGAACGUUUAAGAAAAGCAAUGGCAGGAUUAGGAACAAAUGAAAAAGAAUUAAUUGAUGUUAUGGCGCAUAGAAGUCCUAAUCAACGUGCAGCAAUCUCUAAAUUUGAUUCUGAAUUAAGUGGACAUUUUUUACAAUGUAUGACAGCUUUGUGUUUAUCACCAGCUGAAUUCGAUGCUCUUGAGUUGCGUAAAGCCAUGCGAGGUGCUGGUACAGAUGAAGAUGUACUUAUUGAAAUAUUAUGCUCUAGAACAAAUGAACAAAUCAGGGAGAUCAAAGAAGCCUAUUCAACAAUGCAUCGUGGACGUGAUCUUGAAAAGGAUAUUAGAGACGAUACCUCGGGAUAUUUUAAACGUGUUUGUGUAGCACUUGCACAAGGCGACAGAGAUGAAAACCCACAAGUGGAUGAAUGUCGUGCACGUCGAGAUGCUGAAGACUUGUAUAAGGCAGGAGAGGCAAGACUUGGAACAGAUGAAUCAAAAUUCAUUCAAGUAUUAUGUGGACGAUCAUACCCCCAUUUACGUGCAGUAUUUCAGCAUUACGGAACUCUUGGUAAAAGAGACAUAGAGAAGGCAAUAUCAUCAGAGACGAGUGGUGAUCUGUGUAAAGCUUUGCGUACUACUGUGAAAUGUAUUAACAAUAAACCCCUGUACUUUGCUAAAAAACUCAGAGAUUCUAUGAGAGGAGCUGGAACGAGAGAUACAACAUUAAUUCGUAUAGUUGUUUCACGAUCUCCUAUUGAUAUGGGUGCAAUAAAAAGAGAGUUUCACAGUCUUACUGGAAAAACUCUUGGAUCGUGGAUAGCCGAUGAUACGAGUGGAGAUUAUCGACGACUUCUAUUGGCGCUCAUUGGUGCAUAA